CCCCUGCAGGCCUCCAUGGCGCCACAUCCGGUCCGCGCCGGAAGUCGCCCGGGCCUACCCGCCGCUGGCGCCAGCGCUGCCUUUCGCCCGCGCGCGGGGCAUGCCGGGAGGGUGGCCGGUUGCCAUAGAAACGGGGCCUGGCCGGCCUGGUUCGGAAAUCGAAAAUCCGGCGCCUUUCCUGGGGGAAGCCUGGCGGGGCCCGAGAGCGGGAUGAGCCUCUUCUCCGGGCUGCUGCCGCCCCUUCUUCUCCUGGCCCUGCUCCGGCCGAGCAGCGGAGGCGGAGGCGGCUGGGACCCGGCGGGAUACCUGCUCUAUUGCCCCUGCAUGGGGAGAUUUGGGAACCAGGCGGAUCAUUUCCUGGGCACCCUGGCAUUUGCCAAGAUGAUCAAUCGCACCUUAGCUGUGCCCCCCUGGAUUGAGUACCGGCAUCACAAACCUCCAUACACGAAUCUACAUGUUCCCUACAAAGAAUAUUUCAAGUUAGCACCUCUCCUGCAAUAUCACCGGGUUAUCACCCUGGAAGAGUUCAUGGAGCAGCUGGCCCCUGUCCACUGGCCUCCUGGCAAGAGGGUGGGAUUUUGCUUUGAAGCAGCAGCUCAGAGAACUCCUGACAAAAGGACGUGCCCCAUGAAGGACGGAAACCCCUUUGGGCCAUUCUGGGAUCAGUUUGAUGUGGAUUUCGAUAGGUCGGAGCUGUUUGGAGGCAUCUCCUUCGGGGCCUCUUACAAGGACCACUGGAUCCGAAGGUUUCCUCCCUCCGAAUAUCCCGUCGUGGCCCUCCCAGGCGCACCGGCCCAGUUCCCAGUCCUGGAGGAGAAUCGGCCUCUGCAUCGGUUCAUGGUGUGGUCUGACGGCCUGGUGGGCAAAGCGGAGUCCUAUAUUGAUUCCUUCCUCGUCCGACCCUACGUGGGAAUACAUCUGCGAGUGGGCUCAGACUGGAAAAAUGCGUGCAAUAUGCUGAAAGACGGCACCGCUGGGUCUCAUUUAAUGGCUUCCCCCCAGUGUGUGGGCUACGACCGGCACACCGCUGCGCCCCUCACCAUGGACAUGUGUCUGCCAGACCUGGCGGAGAUCCAGCGUGCCCUCAAACUCUGGGUGGAGGCGAUCGAAGCCAAAGCUGUGUACGUUGCCAGUGAUUCUGAGCCCUACACCCAAGAAAUACAACAGCUCUUCAGUGGGAAGGUAAAGGUGGUGUCUUUGCAGCCGGAAGUGGCCCAGAUAGAUUUGUACAUCCUUGGCCAGUCUGACCAUUUCAUUGGGAAUUGUGUCUCCUCCUUCACUGCCUUCGUGAAACGGGAGCGCGACCUGCAUGGGAAACCGUCUUCCUUUUUCGGCAUGGACCACCCGCCCAAGUUGCGAGAUGAGUUAUAGCGCGCUGAGCACAAACGACGUCUUCCUGUCAAUCCGCCUGCAACAUACAACUGGAAUAACCACAGAGCUCUGUGGAUCGCGAGUUCUGCACAUAUUUGGACAAGCUGGGUGGUGAUUUUCCUCUUGUGCCGGUGGCUGAAAGCAGAAGGACCUAGCUUCUGGGAAUACAUCCCUGCUCUCCCUGUUGGAGAGAAAAAUCAUGCAGUCCAUUCAGCUUACUACUUGAGUUUCCUGGCUCCUUGUUUGUGCUGCUUUACUACUACUUCUGGGACUGAUUUCCCUCAUUGGUAUUUUCUUAGUCCACUAUAUUCUCGUCAGACCACCUGGUCUGUGACGAGGCCUAUUCUAGAGUUUGGAAUCAGGAGAUUCAUUCCAAAUUAUGCAGUUGACUGAAAACACCUCCUGUGUCUCAGUUUGCUAAUCUGAAGAAGAAGAAGAGUUUGGAUUUAUAUCCCCCCUUUCUCUCCUGCAGGAGACUCAAAGGGGCUGACAAUCUCCUUGCCCUUCCCCCCCACAACAAACACUCUGUGGGGGGGG